AUGACGACAACGCAGGCCAAUGGCGACGACUUUGUGUCUUUCGAUAUCGCCGGCCUUGCCUCUGAUACCCCGAGCCCGACCGGCAUGAAAGAGGAGGUCGUGUUGCUCUCAUGGCUAAUGGUUCUUCUGCGAAGCCGCGAAGAUGCCCAAAUAUCCUACGAGUGGACUUACAAACAUGACGCGCAUUAUGUGGCGCAGGAGCCAGUCAACAAGCUGUCAAUGAAUGAAGUAAUGAGAGGAUUAGACAGUAAUGUCGGAGAAGUUGGUGCGACAAUCGCGCGCAAUAUUGCGACAGGUUCACAAGCCGCUUCAAAUCCGGCAUCCCUAGUUCUGAGCACGAGCUCCCUUUUAAGAGAGCCUGCCGAAACAAAAGAUGAAGAUGUACUUCAUCUCGAAAUUCGCUUCAAUAAUGCGCGCCUCGAAAUCCGCCCUGUGUGGCACAUCGAGAAGAUGCUGCCAUACGCAGUGAAACACCAUAUCGAGGCGCUAGCUGAUACUAUCAAAGUGUGCCUUUCAAGCUCCGAUACGACCAUCCAAGACUGCCUGAAACCGACAGAAAGCGAUCUGAACGACAUCUGGGGGUGGAACCACAAGCUGCCUCCUACCCACAGCUUCUGUAUGCAAGACAGAAUUGCCGAGAGAGCUCGAGAACACCCAGACAAAGUCGCGAUUGAUUCCUGGGACGGCAGCUUGACCUACGGUCAAGUUGAUCAGUAUUCUACUUAUGUAGCAUGCUCGCUCGUCGAAAUGGGCGUCCAGGUACAUGACGUCCUUCCAGUAUGCUUCGAAAAGUCAAGAUGGACCAUUGUCGCCGUGCUCGGUGUGAUGAAGGCUGGAGGUACCCUCGCCCUCAUGGAUCCAACCCUUCCAUUGGCCCGUCUCCAGAACAUGAGUGUGCAAGUCGGCGCAAAAUCGAUGGUUGCGUCUCGCAAGCAAUAUGAACUGGCCCAAACAAUUCUUCCCAGUGGUCAGCACUUCGUUGUGGACGAAGAGACAUUCACAAAUUUGGAGAACUCUCCAUCAAUUACUACCCUACCAGUUGUGCCUCCGUCCGCCCUCCUAUACAUUAUCUUCACCUCUGGCAGCACUGGUACUCCCAAGGGAGUGAUGAUUUCCCAUGAAACAUACACAAGCAGCGCUCUUCCUCGAGGCGAGGCAGUUGGCUACACUCCCCAGUCCAGAGUCUUGGAUUUCGCGUCCUACGCUUUCGAUGUCAGCAUUGACAGCAUGCUUGUCACCAUCGGAAAUGGCGGCUGUCUUUGCAUUCCCUCUGAUGAGGACCGACUGAACGAUAUCAAUGACGUGAUUCGGAAGUUCCGAAUCAACUACACUGGCCUGACCCCUUCAGUGGGCCGAAUCUUGGAACCGGAUGUUAUUGCAUCUCUCAGUGGUCUUGGGCUUGGUGGAGAGGCUGUCUCGGCCAGAGACGCCAAUAACUGGGGCAAAGAGACCCGUAUCAUUAUCGGUUAUGGCCCCUGCGAAUGUACAGUUGGAUGUACUAUCAACAGCAGCGCUGCCACUGGCAGGGAUUACAUUUCCAUCGGUCCUGGAAAUGGUGCUGCCAUGUGGAUCGUGAACCCGAAUGACCACAACGAACUUGUUCCAGUUGGUGGUGUGGGUGAGCUGCUUGUCGAGGGUCCUAUUGUUGGACAGGGUUACCUCAAUGACCCCGAGAAGACCGCCUCUGUUUUCAUCAACGAUCCUACCUGGUUGGUUGCCGGUCACAAAGACUACCCCGGUCGUCAGGGCCGCCUGUACAAGACUGGUGACCUUGGUAAAUAUGACCCGGACGGCUUGGGGGGUAUUGUCUUCGUUGGCCGCAAGGAUACCCAAGUCAAGCUUCGUGGGCAGCGUGUCGAGCUUGGCGAGAUCGAGAGCCAGCUUAAGGCUGUUCUGCCUUCUGAUGCCAACAUCAUCGCCGAGGUGAUCACUCCAAAGGAGUACGGAGGCCAGGCGAUGCUAGUCGCAUUUGUUACAUUCGGUUCUACAAAGGGACCGACUGAUCUUGCCUUAGAGCCCCUUUCCAGCGAGCUGAACGAGGUCAUCACCAAGGCUAAUGCGGAUGUUGCAAAGGUCUUGCCACGGUACAUGGUGCCGACUAUCUAUAUUCCGGUCAACAUGAUGCCAGUGUUGAUUUCAGGCAAGACUGAUCGGAAGCAGCUCCGCGCAUUCGGUUCCACGGUUGACCUGCGUCAGUUGGAUCAAGGCGCAGCGAGCACCGCAUCUCGAGAGCUCAGUGAGCUCGAGCAGCGUCUGCGAAAGACCUGGGGCGAGACACUCAAGCUUGGUGCUGAAGCUAUUCGACCGGAUGACAACUUCUUUGCCCUUGGUGGUGAUUCUCUGGCAGCCAUGAGACUCUCGUCCGUGUGCAGAGCACAGGGUCUCGAUCUCUCUGUCAUUGACACCUUUGGCAACCCGACACUCUCUGCAAUGGCCAGCGUCGUUAAGCCCUGCAGCACCGAGACUGAGACGGAAAUUCCUGCAUUCUCAUUAAUCUCCCAGCCUGUCGAGAGUGCCCGUCUCGAAGCAGCAGAGGCCUGUGGCGUUGACAAAGAGGCCAUCGAGGAUAUCUAUCUAUGCACACCCACCCAAGAGUCACUGUUCACUUUCUCACUCAAAUCUGCCAAGGCAUACAUUGCCCAGAGAGUCGCAAGUAUCCCAUCGCAUAUUUCCACUGAUGCCUGGAAGAAGGCGUGGGAGGAUGUUGUCGCCGCAAGCCCUAUCCUCCGCUCUCGUCUGGCACCUCUCCAAGACCCUGGUCUCCAGCAGAUUGUUGUCAAGGAAGGCGUUUCCUGGAGGUAUGCCACCGACCUGGAGCAGUACCUUGAGAACGACCGAAGUGAGCGCAUGAACCUCGGACAAAGUCUGGCUCGCUAUGCCAUCGUCGCAACCGACAACAAUCGAUACAUGGUCUGGACCGUUCAUCACGUUCUCUAUGACGGAUGGUCAGAGCCGAUUGUCCUCAAGCAAGUCAGCGAUGCGCUGCAAAACCAGUCCGUCGAGAUCCAGACAAAGAUGCGGAACUUCGUCAAAUACGUGCGUGACACCGACGAGAACUCUAUGCAUGAAUUCUGGCGUCGUGAACUUAAGGGUGCCGUUGGUCCUCAAUUCCCUCGUCUUCCCUCCCGAGACUUCAUGCCAACUCCCAAUGGCCUGAUUGAGCAUCAGAUCUCCCUCGAGCCCAACGCCGGCUCACCUUUCACAAUGGCCACACUGGUCCGCGGUGCCUGGGCACUGGUAUCAUCCCAAUACACCGGAAGCGACGAUGUGGUCUUCGGCGAGACCCUCACCGGUCGUGAUAUUGCUCUGCCCGGCGUUGAAAGUAUCGUCGGACCCUUGAUCGCAACAAUCCCCAUCCGUGUUCACGUCCGCCGCUCAAGCUCCAUUGAGACUUAUCUGCAGACGAUCCAGCAAUCUGUCUUGGCGCGCACACCCUACCAACACAUGGGAAUGCAGAACAUCCGAAAGGUCAGCCAGGAUGCCCAGUACGCAUGCGAAGCCCCCACCGGUAUUGUCAUCCAGCCCGACCCGGAAUACGUGGGCAGUGAACUCGGCUUUGAGCUUGGAGACGUCGUGCGCGAAGCAAUCCACUUCAACCCGUACCCGGUCAUGAUAGCCUUUGGAAUCCGCAAGGGCGGUCUCAGAGUCUGCGCAAGCUUCGACACCAGUCUGAUUGAGGGCUCCCAAAUGCAGCGAAUCCUUGCCCAGCUGGAGACUGCUUGUAACCAGCUAUCGAAGGGUCUUGAUCGGAGACUUAAUGAGAUCUCUUGUCUUCCUGAAGCGGAGGUGAGUCAGAUCUGGCAGUGGAACCAGACUCCUCCCCUCUCUGUGGACGAGUCUACUGGUAAGCUCCGCGCGCAGGCCACUAUGAAGCAAGGAUCUGUCUAUCCCCGUGCUGUGGUCCCCUGGGUGUGCGAUGCACGCAACCCGGCACUUUUGUCGCCGAUCAACUGUGUUGGUGAGCUCUGGCUCGAGGGAGAUUGUCUCUCCGGUGAGACUGUUGAAUCUCCAGCCUGGCUUGUGGCUGGCAGUUCUGGAUCCGCUGGCCGGACUGGAAAGUUGCAGCCGACUGGUGAUAUGGUGCAAUUGCGUGAGGAUGGAAGCAUGGUGUUUGUCGGCCGUAAGGAGAAUGUCGUGGCGCUCCAAGGACAUGCAAUUGAUAUUGCUGACCUUGAGUCGCAUUUUGUUGACCACCUCCCACCAUUAACUCGUGCUGCUGCGGCUGUUUUCAUGCCCUCAGCAGAUGAUACCCAGAAGAUGAUGGAGCAAGAGCUCGUUGUCUUCGUUGAGAAGCAGCCUUCUGAUGAAGACAGCAUUCAGAUUAUCUCAGAGAAGCACGAUGUUGCCAACAGUAAGUCUGGCUUUGGGACAACUCUAUGUGACGCGAUUCCAGUCAGCCUUGCUGUUUCCCUGAAGAAGCUCGACAAGUAUAUUCGAGACUCAUUGCCGGCCUAUAUGGCUCCCUCUGCAUACGUCGUGGUUGACAAGUUGCCCGCUGGACUGGAGCAACUCGAACACACUAUCCUCAACCAGCUGGCUUCAGAGAUUCCCCAAAGCGUUCUCACCCAAGUCCGUGAGGGGACAAAGGAGGCAUGGACCAAGGGUUUGGCGCAGACCAACCUGACACCCCAAGAGAAGAUCCUACAGGCUGCUUGGGCCAAGAUCCUCCGCCUCACCCCAGAACAGAUCGAUGUCGACGAUAACUUCUUCCGUCUCGGAGGUGACUCUGUCUUGGCAAUGAAACUGGUCUCCGGUCUCCGCACCCAAGGUCAUGCGUUGUCGGUCGCCGAUAUCUUCCAGAACAUGCGCCUCGGCGAUGCCGCCAAGGUGUUGAAGGUUGAUCAAGCUUCUAUGGACAGUGUCCAGCCUUACAAGCCAUUCUCGGCGCUUAGCAAUUUGGACGUCAAGAUGUUCUUGGCUUCCACCGUGCGACCCAAGCUUGCCAACCCAGGUUGGCCGGUCAGUGAUGUCUGUCCCGUCACUAAGUCCCAAGCAAUGGAUAUCCAACAGACCAUCCAGGCGCCACGGACAUCCAUCCAGUACAAUAUGUUGUAUUUUGACCAGACCAUCAACAGUGAACAAUUGCUUCGCGCAUGCGGUGACCUGGUCAAGGCCCACGACAUUUUACGCACCGUGUUCAUCGAGAACGAAUCUAGCUUCCUCCAGGUUAUCCUGGAAGAGGCAACUAUGCCCGUGGCCAUGCACCAGACCGACAAGGAUCUCGAGCAAUACGUGGCUGACCUCUGCAAAGCAGACAUCGAGACAACCUACGAGCUGGGAUCACCAUUCUUCAAGAUCUUCCACGUCGAAGGCACCGAUGGCAAGCACUGCCUCGUUCUCGGCCUCUCGCACGCCCAAUACGAUGGUGUCUCACUGCCUAGAAUUCUCCAAGAUCUGGAGACCUUAUACACAGGAGGAAAGGUAAUUGACUUCGAGCCAUUCGCUUCAUACAUCGCCUACAUCUCCGACGGCCGUAUCCAGACCCAAGCAGUCAAAUACUGGAACAACCUCCUCAAGGACUCAACACUGUCCGUCCUGGAUGGCCCAAUUGUCGAACCCACCGACAAAGCGAUCUUCCACGAGAAACCAGUGGAGAACUUCACACCCGUGCAAGAAAUCACCGCUGCAAACGUCCUCACCGCAGCCUGGGCUUUGGUCCUAGCCCGCCGUCUCGGCAAGCCAGACGUGACAUUCGGAACAGUAACUUCGGGCCGAAUGCUCGACCUCGCGAAUGUAGAGAACGUCAUCGGUCCCUGCUACCAACUCACUCCAACCAGAGUGAAGUUCGAGCCCCAAUGGACAGCAAUGGACCUGCUGCAAUUUGUGCAGAAGCAAGCCGCCGAAUCUUCGGCAUACGAUUUCCUCGGCUUCGAGAAGAUCUCCAAGCAAUGUACCCAGUGGUCACCGGAGGCACGCACGUUCGACUCCAUUGUGCACCACCAGGACUGGGCUGACUUUGAUGAUAUGCCUUUUGCGGGGGCUUCUUGCAAGGUUGAUAUCUCGAACCCUCAUGGUGAUGCUGCUUACCCUCUGAAGGCGGUAUCGUUUGCUCGGGGUGGGAAGAUGCAUGUUGGCUUUGUUGGUAGUGAGAAGGAUGCGGCGUUUGUCGCUGCUACCCUUGAUGAGUUGGCUGCUGCUGUUCAGGAAUUGUCUGGUUGUGGGCCUGAGCCUUUGGUGCUCGAUGCCUCCGAGUCCGCUUAA